CCGGGCCCGCCGCCGCCACCGCCGCCACCGCCGCGGGCGCGGGAUCGCGGCCCCUCCCCCGCCCGCCGGCCCCGCCGGCCCCGCCGACCCCGCCGGCCCGCGGGGAGCCGACGCGCCUGGCGGCUGCUCGGUGCCCCCUCCUCUGGCCCAGGCUAUCCUGCGUCCCUGGCUGAUCACGGUCUGCUCGGGGGAGCCUUCUGUUCCAGGCCAAAGCACAAGUGUUGGGCUGAGCAGCCUGGGGCAACAGCAGAUCUGCUCUGUGGCCUGUGGUGCUCCCACAAAGAAGUUCAUUGAGAGACAGUAUAAGGAGGAGGUUAAGAAGAGCAUGGACUCUGGAGCCAGACCGUUUGGAUUCACAUUUUGGCUCCAUCACUGACUGUGUGACCCCACGUGGGACCGCCGGCCCCAGGAUGCCCCGGGGGUGUGGAUGACCAGAGGCCCAGGCCCGGAUGCCGCCGCCCCGCGAGGGCCGCUCCCCGAGGGCCGCCGGUGGCCCCGCGCCCUAGCCUCCCGACCCGGCGACCCCGCGCGCCCCGCCCCCGCCUGGCCGCCCAGGGGAGCGGGAGCCGCGGGAGGGAGUCUCCCGAGCCCACCGAGCGAGCGGCCACGGCGCAGGCAUCCGGGGGCAGGGGCUCGGCGCCGGCCGCAAGCAUUCUCCCCCAGCGGCUCGGCAAGAUGACCAGCCUGUUCCGCCGGAGCAGCGGCGGCGGGGGCGGCGGCGGGGGCGGCGCGGCGGGGGCGCGCGGGGCCGGGGCCGGGGCCGGGGCGGGGGCCGCCUCGCAGGAGCUCAACAACAGCCGGCCCGCCCGCCAGGUGCGCCGCCUCGAGUUCAACCAGGCCAUGGACGACUUCAAGACCAUGUUCCCCAGCAUGGAUUACGACAUCAUCGAGUGCGUGCUGCGCGCCAACAGCGGCGCCGUGGACGCCACCAUCGACCAGCUGCUGCAGAUGAACCUGGAGGGCGGAGGCGGCAGCGUCUAUGAGGACAGCUCCGACUCGGAGGACAGCAUCCCCCCGGAGAUCUUGGAAAGGACUUUGGAGCCUGACAGCUCUGAUGAAGAACCCCCACCUGUCUACUCCCCGCCAGCCUAUCACAUGCACAUGUUCGACAGGCCUUACCCUCUGGCUCCCCCCACGCCACCUCCCCGCAUCGAUGUGCUGGGCUCUGGACCCGUGUCGAGCCAGAGGCGCUAUCGUAACUGGAACCCACCCCUGCUGGGCAACCUCCCCGAGGACUUUCUCCGCAUCCUGCCCCAGCAGCUGGACAGCAUACAGGGUAACCCCGGGGGCUCCAAGCCCAGGAGCAGAGAGGGAGGCCUGCCCCCUGUGGCUGGACCCGGCGCCCGGGACCAGGAAAACCGCUGGAAGCAGUACCUGGAGGACGAGAGGAUUGCGCUCUUCCUGCAGAACGAGGAGUUCAUGAAGGAGCUGCAGCGCAACCGGGACUUCCUCCUGGCCCUGGAGAGAGAUCGUUUGAAAUACGAGUCCCAGAAAUCCAAAUCCAGCAGCAGCGUGGCUGUGGGAAACGACUUUGGCUUUCCUUCUCCUGCCCCAGGAGCCGGUGACACCAAUCCUGCUGUGUCUGAAGAUGCCUUAUUCAGGGACAAGUUGAAACACAUGGGAAAAUCCACCCGGAGGAAGCUGUUCGAGCUGGCCAGGGCCUUCUCCGAGAAGACCAGGAUGAGGAAGUCAAAGAGGAAACACUUGUCCAAGCACCAGUCGCUGGGAGCUGCGGGGUCAACGGCUAAUCUCCUGGACGACGUGGAGGGCCACACUUGUGAUGAAGACUUCCGGGGACGGCGACACGAGGCACCCAAGGUGGAGGAAGCCCUAAGGGAAGGACAGUAAGAGCAGAUGCCAGUGCUUCCUCCUUGCCGGAGAUGGUCUGACCUGGUGGGGGCAGCCGGAGAGCCAAACCGGCCCCCGGCGGAAGGGCCCAGCUGCCGCCGGACAGAUGGCGCCGAGGACUGAGGCCUGGUGAUUCUUCAGCCACGUCCAGCCCCGCCACUGCCACUGUCACUGCCACUUUCCAGGGGACUUAGAACUUUGGAGUUUUGUGCUGUGAUUGGAGGAAGGACCUGGGGCCCCGGGGGCAGCUGCCCGUCCUAGCCCCUUUUGUAGCCAGGCUGUUCUAUGGGCAAUGAGUGGAAGUGCAGGAACUCCCACCACCGUUCCCCGCCCCCCCACUGUCCCCACCUCCGCCACCUUAAAAAAAUCCCAGAAAAAAGGCAAAGGUUGGAGUACCCAAAAGGGCAGGAUGGUGAAGCCCCUGAAGGUGGAGCCCCUGCCCCUCCCCUUUCCCCAUCUCUCCUGGGUCACAGACACUGCCUGACCCCUGUCCCCAUCCCCAGCUCCCUUCUGGGCACCUUGGGCCCUUUAUUCCCAUGGCUUCCUGCAUCUCAGCCUUCCCCCCGCAGGGCUGCAGACCCUUGGUACAAGCCCUGGACAGAGCCCUGGGUGGGAGAGCACCGGGCAGUCACUCAGGCUCCCUCUGAGGAGUGAUGGGCCACUGUGGAGUUAGCUCCUGACCGACCACCCUGCCAGGGCCCCACCAGCUGCCUCUGUUAGGGGUUGGCAUGGCCCCCAGCAGGGAUGGGGAGGGGGCCACCCCGGAGCUGGAGGAGGCUGGCUAGCCAGGAGUGUUCUUGACUGUGGCAGAAGACAAAAGGCAGUUCUGGAUGGGACCCUGCAGUCACUCAACAGUGGGGGCUCCCGGGGGUGGGGUGGGGUGGGGGGGCUCUGAGUAGAAGUCCUGCUGUCACUAAGGGUGGGCAGCAGCAGGUUCUGAGGUGACCCUUGAGAAAGUGCAGGACUGAGGGGCGAGGAGAUGAGGCUGCCAGCCCCGGUGGGGGCGCCUGGGGCGGACGGGCUUGCUGGGUGCCUCUUGCCGAGAACGAGAAGGGGAAUGACGUGAGGAGGCGCGCUCGGCUUCCACAAGCCUUAGCGGGCACCAAGCACUGCCGGCGGGAGGCGGCUGGCCCGGUCUCUGCGGCCAGCCUCCGGGACGGGAGCGCGCUGACCUCUCCGGAGGAGCGCCGGGGAGCCUGGGCCGGCACGAGGGGGUCCCCUCCUCCGCGCCCCCAGCAGCGGGGAACCAGCCCAGCCCAAGCGCGGGUUGGGGGGGGCUGGGAGCGGGAGCCCGGCCGUCACCCCGAGAUAAUGAGGGCGUGGCGGGCGCCGUGGCCCCUCGUCCCGCUGAGGCCCGGGCCCACGCCGAGGCCCCGCUUCCCCGGCGCGCGCGGCGGAGGGGCGGCCCCCGGGGGUGGGGGGCCGGGACGCGCCGCCGCGGAGCCCGACCAAGUGUGGCGGCCGCGCGGGGCCUGGGGCGCUGGCGCGGGGCCGCCCGCCCUCCGCUGCUCCCCGCGAUCCGACCCCGUGCUUCCCCGUCCCCCGCCCCCGAGGAGCCCCCGGGCCGCCAGGCCGAGCUCCAGACGGUCCGGCCCCAGGGGCAGAGGAGAGGCCUCCGGGCCGUGGCCCGGACCCCUCCCAGCGCAUGGCGGGGACGCCCCAGCCCCAAGUCUGUGUGUGUUGCUUUGUUAGUCGUUUUUUCUCCUCUGUGUGGGUUUUUUUCUUGGAGCUGUUUCAUAGGAAUUCCUGUAAUAAAGACUUGGUGUUCUCUUGGU